UCUCUGUCCCAGAUGAGGAUAGUGUGUAAAGACGUGACUGCAGAGACGCUGUAUGACGUCCUCCAUGACACCAGCUACCGCAGGAAGUGGGACACCAACAUGAUUGACACGUACGACAUUGGCAGACUUACCGUCAACGCAGACGUGGGAUAUUACUCCUGGAAAUGUCCGACUCCUCUGAAGAACAGAGACUUUGUAACGAUGAGAUCUUGGCUUCCUCUCGGCAGCGACUACUUGAUCAUCAACUACUCCGUCAAACACCCGCAACACCCUCCAAAGAAGGACUAUGUCCGAGCCGUGUCUCUGCUGACCGGAUACCUGAUCCAGUCCAACGGAGCCACCAGCUCCACCCUCUACUACCUGACCCAGAUGGAUCCCAGAGGUUCAUUACCAAAGUGGGUGGUGAACAGAGUCUCUCAGUUUGUGGCUCCGAAGGCCAUGAGGAAGAUCUACAAGGCGUCUCUGAAGUAUCCGGAGUGGAAGAGGAAGCACAACCCGAACCAGAAGCCGUGGAUGUUUCCGGAGCAGAACACGUUGCCGUGCAUCAGCGUGUCGGAGCUGGCGCUGCAGCGAGCCGACUCGUUGGAGAACAUCGACGAGAGCAGCGUGAGCGAAGAGAAGACGCAGCACAGCGAUGACGAGACUUAACCUGGACAUCACAACAAACCAUCUGUUGCUUUGUUUCACCAGAUACACUUUAUUCAUCCGGAGUGUGAUGGCGUGUUUGUUUCUUCUGUCACGUGAUUGUUCAUCAGCUCGGACUCCACCUUCAUGUCCCGACUGAACUGAACCAGGUUCAGGUUAACUCUCCCUCACAGGUGUUACCCUGGUUACCAGUGAGGUCACCAAACCACAUCAACCAAUCAGGACAAUUCCUAACAUUAUAAAAAAGGGGCUUUUAUUGCAGUGAUAAGAAGAACAUGUGGUGAAACUAAACUUCACGAUGUUAUCACAUCAACGAUAUAAUUAUCUGAUCUCUAACGAUCUGCGAAAUCUAAAGUCAAACCAUCUUUUUAUCUUUAACUUUGUUCAUCGUGGGUUUUUUCGACCAACCACUAAAUCUGCUCAGUCUGUUGAUUCGAUUUUAUCCCACGUGUUCGAUAUGGACAUGAGAUCAGUUUUUAAUCGUUGGGGUUAGUCUUAGUCCUGGUCCUGGUCUUGGUCCU